AUGGACUUUUCCGAGGAUUCAGGUAUCUCUCAUGUCACAGCAGAAAAUGAGCAUAUAAAUGAGCAUAUUUAUGCAUCAAGUAAAGAGUUAUCUCAAGCCUCACUCUUAACUGAUACCUCAUUAGAUAUCGGCGCAGAGGUAUCCUUUGGUACAGUACCCUCACCCCCUGAGGCUGUUAUAAUUGAGGACCGAGAGCCAGAGACAUCAAAGAACCAUCAUAUGGGGCCAAUUGGAGAGGACUUCAUUAGUGACAAGCGAGCUCGCCAGAAGUCCUUUUCAAAAAGGCUCAAGACAUUCCAAAAAUCUGCUAAGCUACUAAACACAAUGUGUGGUGCCUCGGUUAAAUUUUCAGUCAUCUCUGAAAGUGGCCGCCUAACUACUGCAAGCUUUCCGUCAAUCAAAGUUCGGCAUGUUGGGUUACAGGCUGGUCAGUCUGCUGGAGCAGUAACAAGCUUCCCUACAACCCAUCCAGGCACUCCAAAGAAAACCCCAGCCAAGCUUGUGAAAAAAAUUGUUAAUAUGCCUGGCAAGAAAGAGAAGGAAAUUCACACCACCGAUCUAACUGUAAAUAAAUGUGCCGUCUGUAAAAGGAUUUUUAAUUCAAUUAAGGACAAAUCUUUCAGAAAAAAGAAUGGUCUUCAGGGUGUCUGGUUGGGUUGUGAAGCUGAAGGAUGUGCAUUCUGGGGCCAUGCAAUAUGCGCCAAUGUUCAUGUUGGCGCAAGAAAAAUGAUUCCAUCAAUCAAGCUCCAUGGAUGCCAUCCUUAAAGACCCAUUAUGCCUCAGAAAUUCUUGAUUUACAUUUUUUCAUAGUGAAUGUGUAUUUCGUUUGGAAGUCUAAAUACUACUUUGUUUACAUUUUACCUACCUUUAUGAUACAUUUAUUCACAUUCAAUGCAAUCUUCAUCUAAUGUGCACAAAAUUUAUUAUCAAAACAUUCUUUUAUUAAACACAUGUUUGACAUUUCCUAAAAAAAUUUAUACUACUAAGUAUAUAAAUUAUAUAUAAAUGGAUUUCUGAGGCAUAAUGUUCAUUUGUAAAAAUGAAUUCACUUCACUUCAAAUUUGGGACAGUCCUUUUGGUAAUGUGAUUUCAAUAAGAAAUUAUUAAAUUUCAGAUAUAAUAUAUAAAUUAUAUAUAUUAUUAUUAUCAAAUUUAUAUUAUAUAUAAAUUCUAUUAUUAUCCAAAAUAUGUUCUUAUCAGUUUAGUUAUUGUUGCUUUUUACAAUGAAUUACAUAUGAAAUGAAUUCGUUUUUUAUCUAGUCAAUCCAUAUUUAUUACUUCAAAAUUUAUCAAGUAAUUAUUUAUUUGCAAUAGUACAAAAGAUAUGUUAGACUCCAAUAAGUCUACAAUGAAAUACACCUUUUACCCUUGUUAAGACAUGAAAUUUGUAGUAACAUGUGUAUUUAAAGCCUGUCUGUUCAAAUUAGAAUAGAUGUGACAAUCUACAUCAUUAGUUGACAUCAUAUUUGUUUAAAAAUGUUUUAGAUUUAAAUGUAAAUAAAACAAUUCAAGUUUUAUGAAUUUGUAUUGUCUUAUUUUCCACUGUACAUGU